CAAAAAUGGGUAUGGAUUUGAGACCUCGUCAAGCUCCAAAACAAACUCCGAAAAAGGAACAAAAUGAAAAAAAAAAAAAUUCCCUCUUUUACCACCUUCUAAUUAAUUAUACUCUUUUUAACAUCUCACUAUCUUUCCGUAAAUUUCUAAGGUCCUGAAAAUAGUAAAUGAUAUUUAUACAAACGUCUAUCUUCUCUUUAACCCCAGCUGCGUUUUCAAGAGGCAUAUGUGAGGGCUUUGGUUCUGGCAUUUGUGAUAUGAGUGCUUGAUCUUCUGCCCUUGUCUGCCUCACCCAUUUUAACUGGAAGUACACGAUCAAUUAAAAGAUUGAGAAAAUGUCUGGACCUUUAUCUCCCAAGCCAGUUCUUGAAAGAUCAGAUGAAAACUCUGAGACUAGAAUGGGGUCAUUUAAGAAGAAAGCAAUUAAUGCGUCCACCAAGUUCAGACAUUCAUUGACAAGAAAGGGUAGGAGAAGCAGUAAAGUCAUGUCGGUUGAGAUCGAGGAUGUGCAUGAUGCAGAGGAAGUACAGGCUGUUGAUGCCUUCCGUCAAGCACUUAUUCUGGAUGAGCUACUGCCUGCCAAGCACGAUGAUUAUCAUACAAUGCUCAGAUUCUUGAAGGCCAGAAAAUUUGACAUUGAGAAAACAAAGCAAAUGUGGUCUGACAUGAUCCAGUGGAGGAAGGAAUUCGGUGCUGAGACUAUUAUGGUGGAUUUUGAUUACAAGGAACUUUCUGAAGUCUUGGAAUACUAUCCCCAAGGAAAUCAUGGAGUAGACAAGGAGGGACGACCAGUAUACAUUGAGAGACUAGGCCAAGUCGACGCUAACAAGCUAUUGCAAGUCACAACAAUGGACCGAUAUCUGAAAUAUCAUGUGCGAGAGUUUGAGAGGACUUUCAAUGUUAAGUUCCCAGCCUGUUCAAUUGCAGCAAAGAAGCACAUUGAUCAAAGCACAACCAUCCUGGAUGUGCAAGGAUUGGGACUUAAAAGUCUUAACAAAGCUUCAAGGGAAUUGAUUAUGCGCCUUCAGAAGAUUGAUGGUGACAAUUUUCCUGAGAGCUUGAAUCGCAUGUUUAUCAUCAAUGCUGGUUCUGGAUUUAGGAUGUUGUGGAACACCAUCAAGACCUUCCUUGAUCCUAAGACCACAGCGAAGAUUCAUGUUCUUGGCAAUAAGUUCCAGAGCAAGUUGCUUGAAAUUAUUGAUGCUGAUGAGUUGCCAGACUUUCUAGGAGGUACUUGCACUUGCUCUGAGUACGGAGGCUGUUUGCGUUCUGAUAAGGGCCCCUGGAAGGACCCAGAGAUUUUAAGGAUGGUUCAAAAUGGCAAUCAUAAAUGCGGAAGAAAAUCUGAAGUAGUCAUGGAUGAGAAGACAAUAUCUGAGGAUGAUGUUGUAUACUCAAAGGAAUGUGACUAUUCAGAAGUAGAAUAUAAGCGCCCUGGCUCACUUUCAAGAAACCAAAUUGAGCAUCCAGAAAUGUCUCCCAUUCGUGAGGAAGUUCCCAUUAUUCAAGAAUACAAAAAAUCUUUCAAGUAUGAGAACUAUGCUCCCAUGGCUGAGAAAUCUGUGGAUUCAACUUGGCAAAAGGAGCCGGAUAAUGAUAAGUUCGCCAUUUCUAAAGCAAAUACUUAUGUAUCGAAUGAAGAAUACAAAAUUCCUGAUGGUUCUCACCUUUUCACCGGAGUUAUGGCCUUCGUUACGGGUAUUGCCACCAUGGUGAGACUAACACGAAAUGUGCCAAGGAGACUCACAGAUUCAACCUUCUACUCCAAGCCAACUUACUGUGACGAUGAAACAGUGUUAAAAAGCCAGGAAACCACACCUGCUGUAUCUGAUGCAGAUUACAAGGCUGUCAUAAAACGCAUGGCCGAGUUAGAAGAGAGUUUGAAUGUUAUGAACAAAAAACCAGUUACUAUGCCAGCUGAGAAGGAGGAAAUGUUGAAUGCUGCUUUAAGCCGAGUAGACAUGUUGGAGCAAGAGCUUGCUGCAGCAAAGAAAGCUCUCGAGGAGUCACUUGCUCGACAAGAAGAAUUUGUAGCUUAUCUUGAGAAGAAGAAGAAGAAGAAGUCGUUGAACCUAUUCAGCUGGUAAAUCAAGAAAUGCUUGGACGCCCCGGGAGAUUUGCUCAGGAUCUUAAAGGCUGUGGAUGAUUUUUGGUUCUCCGAAGCCACACAAAUGCAUUGUGCUACUAAAAGAAAUGUUGAAUCUUUCGUUUUACUUAAUUAUUUGAAUCAAAGUUUUGGUCAAAUAUAUUAUAUACAUAGAAAAAUUAUCAAUGCUUUGCAAAUCAUGUGUAUAUUACAAAACAAAGUGGCGUCCCACAUAUAUGGAUAUGCUUUAAUAAAUGCCUGACUCUGUGAUGAACGAGCCAGAGCACUUGUGAUUAA